CCUUGUGUAACAAUCAUCCAGCAAGCUUCCUUCCACUGCAACCCUCAUUGCUCUGGAACUUCGCAAGACGCACCCGGCGCAAACAGCACGUUUUGACCACCAGCUUCACACACAAUGGUCGUUCCCAUGCCUGAAUCUGAACGAGGGACAUACCACACGUCUCCCCUCGACUUUUCACGCGAAGCUUACAGAACUCGGCAUGCACCAAGCGCCAUAAUUUUUGGCGAUGGGUCCACUCGGUGGUCGCAUGAUGUUACUGUUCCUGAGCCUUUGGAUGAGGAACCUGAGCCAGUAUUUUAUUCCCAGUGGGCAAGAGCGGGAGCGCGGUUAGACAGUGGCUUUGACUAUGUACCCGUCAACCCUUUUGACGAUAUGUUCGGUUCCAGUGCCGAGAGCAGUUCUGAGGAGGACGAGGACGAGGAAGAAGAAGAGGAGAGGGUCGGCGUUUCGGAGGUUGGGCAGACGACUAUGAGGGAGGAGGAGGAAGGACAGGCUGAUGAUGAGGAUACUGAUGAAGAACUUGACGACGAGUCAGAGACGGAUGAAGACGAAGAAACUGAAGACGAUGAAGAAGAUGAUGACGACGACGACGAUAAUGACAUUGAAGAAGGCAACGAUCAAGCGAACAAUUUUUCCUACCAAUAUAAUUUAUUCUGUGCGAGCUGCGAAGACCAAUUUCUGAUCUCCUUGCGACAACCCUUCUCUGGACAGUUGCAGUGUGUAUUCUGUGGUCGGCCUGCUACCACCUUGCCUGCCACCGACGACGAAGAAAGUCCAAACUUGAAUACACCUACCGAUUCAGAUGUGCGUCGACAGCAAAAUGAACAAGUGGAGGUUACACCUAAUAUACCACGCCAAACGCGAGAAGAUGACUUUAUUGCUUUGACGGAUCCUUCGUCGGAAUCAAAUCCUUCAAGAUCUUCUUCGCCUAUACCGUCUGCUCCACCACCUCCACCACCACCCCCACCACUGAGACAAGAAACACAGACUUCACCCCGAACGACAUCGUACCACCCGACACCACCAGCCCAAAGAAUUCUCAACGCUUAUCUGGAAGAGUUUGGUCCAAACCUUCCUGACCUUGAUCGGCUUGUUGCAUUAUGUCCAUCCUUAGUUGUCGAUGGAACGACAUCAAACGGAGCAGCGUCAUCCUCUUCCUCUUCGUCUUCGUCGUCCUCGCCGUCGUACCGAGACAGAGUGAUCUCACAGGCGGAUUUUGCCUCUCUUGCGCCCUUGAACUAUGAAGCUGGGUGGUUAAGAAAGCGAAAGAGGGACAUGGAUGAUGACGGGGUAGGCAGAUGAUAUCGCUGGGCGUAACUAUGUAGCUGUAUGAUAGUAUGGGGAGCGGGUCGGGUCGAACAAAUUUUUGUAUAUUUUCUAGUGGAUUGGUAGGAUAAUUUUCAAGUGCGGGAUUAUAUAUUGAUUUCGAGCCAAAUCUGCUGAACAAGAGAUGUAACUGGCAAACCCUGUGCUUGUCGGGCCAUUAGAGUCA